GUGUAUAUAUUUAUGAGGUACAUGAGAUGUUUUGAUACAGGCAUGCAAUGUGAAAUAAGCACAUUGUGGAGAAUGGAGUAUCCAUCCCUGGAAGCAUUUAUCCUUCGAGUUACAAAUAAUCCACAUACCUUCUUUAAGUUAUUUUAAAAUAUAUGAGGUUUUCCAAAAAAGAAUGCUUUCUGCGAGAGGCACCCCAUGGUGAGGGUUCUUUGUGGUGGCGGAGGAAUUAAUGAGGGUAGAUUUGGAUUUCACACCCUUUCUACGGAGGUGAUGGGAGCUCUCUUUCUAUGUUUGCUUUGCAGGUGCUGAGGGCAGUGAGUCAUCUUUGUUCAAUCUUGUUUCUCCUGGCGACACAGGAAUGUACCUUUACCAAAAACUUAUCACAGAAUCUAUGAUGUGUUAUUUCCAUUUGGUUAGUGAUUAAAACUAUCUUUGGGUUUCCUCCUACCAUCUUUCCACAUUUACUUUGGGAAAAUGCAAAAGGAAUAUUUCAUUUUCACCACAGUAGUGCCUGUGAUACAUGCAGUCAUGAGCUGGUAAUGAAAAAAGCAAAGAGCUGCUUAGCUUUGAUUUAAUCCGUAAAUCACUUGGAAAACCAACUGAAGGGUAAAAAGGUUGCAGAAGGCACUGGAAUUCUCUUUUUUGUUUUUUCAAAAGAAAGGGUCUCGCUAUAUUGCCCAGGCUGGAUUCAAACUCCCAGGCUCAGGCGAUCCUGCUUCUGCCCCAAGUGGUUGGGAUUACAGGCAUACACCACUGCUCCCAGCAACAAUGGAAUUGUUAAAAACAGGCUGGCCACCUGUCUGACUUACUUGCAGUUAGCACCCACACUGCUUAUGAAAGUAGCAGUGAGUUUCAGGCCUUUUCCUUGUGGUUCAUGUGACCUUGUGUUCCCAGUAUUUACCAAAUAUUUUAAAUAGUUUCCCAAAAAAUUUCCUCUUUCAUUUCGCACAGUGUGCACAUUCAGACCAUAAAAGGACCUACUGGAAUAAAUGCUGAAAUUUCACAAACCACAGUGUAUCUUAAUGAUAGGUUUUUAGAUAUAGAUUUACCGGGGGGCUUUAUAGUCGUUUCAUGAUAGGCUGAAUUUUUCUAAGUCUUUGAUAUUUUCCAGUUUGCCUCCUUGGGAUUGCAUUUUGGUAGAGAAGUCUUCAAUACCCCAGUUUUCUUAACUUCAGUAGUCGUUAAUUGAACAACUACUCUCGGCAAUAACCUUCUUCUAUACCAUGGAGGAUAUCAAACCAAAAAGGAGAAUUGACCAGAUGUAGUCACUGCUUUGUAGAAUUUUACAUUGGGAGGGGAGGGAUGGAAAGAUAAACAGAAUCACAGGAAUACGGAGAGAGGCAGAUUCAUUCCAGCUGGAGGGGUUUGGGGAAGGUUUGUAUAGGACGUGGCAUUUGAACUUGCCCUGACAUGAUUGGUUGGAAAUAGACAAAGCGGUGAUGGGUUGGGAGGGCAUUUUAAAUAAUGCAAAUAGAUUGAGCAAAGGCUUGGAAGUAGAACAGUGCUUGGCAUUUGUUGGGAGAAGGGGAGUGACAGUCACUCUGUGGACUGGAAUCGUAGUUUUAAUGGGACAGGCGAUAGGAGAUGGUCUUCAUCCAACUGUGUGUAUUAUGUGCCAAGAACCUUGCAAAGAAAGACUUCUUUAGGCUCCCUGAUCCGUUUGCAAAGAUCGUCGUGGAUGGGUCUGGGCAGUGCCACUCAACCGACACUGUGAAAAACACAUUGGACCCAAAGUGGAACCAGCACUAUGAUUUAUAUGUUGGGAAAACAGAUUCAAUAACCAUUAGUGUGUGGAACCACAAGAAAAUUCACAAGAAACAGGGAGCUGGCUUCCUGGGCUGCGUGCGGCUGCUCUCCAACGCCAUCAGCAGAUUAAAAGACACCGGAUACCAGCGUUUGGAUCUAUGCAAACUAAACCCCUCAGAUACGGAUGCAGUUCGUGGCCAGAUAGUGGUCAGUUUACAGACACGAGACAGAAUCGGCACCGGCGGCUCGGUGGUGGACUGCAGAGGCCUGCUAGAAAAUGAAGGAACGGUGUAUGAAGACUCGGGGCCUGGGAGGCCGCUCAGCUGCUUCAUGGAGGAGCCAGCCCCUUACACAGAUGGCACCGGUGCUGCUGCUGGAGGAGGGAACUGCAGGUUCGUGGAGUCCCCAAGUCAAGAUCAAAGACUUCAGGCACAGCGACUUCGAAACCCUGAUGUGCGAGGUUCACUGCAGACGCCCCAGAACCGACCACACGGCCACCAGUCCCCGGAACUGCCUGAAGGCUACGAACAAAGAACGACAGUCCAGGGCCAGGUUUACUUUUUGCACACACAGACUGGAGUUAGCACGUGGCAUGACCCCAGGAUACCAAGUCCCUCGGGGACCAUUCCUGGGGGAGAUGAAGCUUUUCUAUACGAAUUCCUUCUACAAGGCCAUACAUCUGAACCCAGAGACCUUAACAGUGUGAAUUGUGAUGAACUUGGACCACUGCCACCAGGCUGGGAAGUCAGAAGUACAGUUUCUGGGAGGAUAUAUUUUGUAGAUCAUAAUAACCGAACAACCCAGUUUACAGACCCAAGAUUACACCACAUCAUGAAUCACCAGUGCCAACUCAAGGAGCCCAGCCAGCCGCUGCCACUGCCCAGCGAGGGCUCUGUGGAGGACGAGGAGCUUCCUGCCCAGAGAUAUGAAAGAGAUCUAGUCCAGAAGCUGAAGGUCCUCAGACACGAACUGUCCCUUCAGCAGCCCCAAGCUGGUCAUUGCCGCAUCGAAGUGUCCAGAGAAGAAAUCUUUGAGGAGUCUUACCGCCAGAUAAUGAAGAUGAGACCAAAAGAUUUGAAAAAACGGCUCAUGGUGAAAUUCCGUGGGGAAGAAGGUUUGGAUUACGGUGGAGUGGCGAGGGAAUGGCUUUAUUUGUUGUGCCAUGAAAUGCUGAAUCCAUAUUAUGGGCUCUUCCAGUAUUCUACAGACAAUAUUUACAUGUUGCAAAUAAAUCCAGAUUCUUCAAUCAACCCUGACCACUUGUCUUACUUCCACUUUGUGGGGCGGAUCAUGGGGCUGGCUGUGUUCCAUGGGCACUACAUCAACGGGGGCUUCACAGUGCCCUUCUAUAAGCAGCUCCUGGGAAAGCCCAUCCAGCUCUCGGAUCUGGAAUCCGUGGACCCGGAGCUGCAUAAGAGCCUGGUGUGGAUUCUAGAGAAUGACAUCACACCAGUGCUGGACCAUACCUUCUGCGUGGAACACAAUGCCUUUGGGCGGAUUCUUCAGCAUGAACUGAAACCCAAUGGCAGAAACGUGCCUGUCACAGAGGAGAACAAGAAAGAAUAUGUCAGGUUGUAUGUAAACUGGAGGUUUAUGAGAGGAAUUGAAGCCCAGUUCUUAGCUUUGCAGAAGGGGUUCAAUGAACUCAUCCCUCAACACUUGCUGAAGCCUUUUGACCAGAAGGAACUGGAGCUGAUCAUAGGUGGCCUGGAUAAAAUAGACCUGAACGACUGGAAGUCAAACACGCGGCUAAAGCACUGUGUGGCCGACAGCAACAUCGUCCGGUGGUUCUGGCAAGCAGUGGAGACGUUUGAUGAAGAAAGGAGGGCCAGGCUGUUGCAGUUUGUGACUGGGUCCACACGAGUCCCGCUCCAAGGCUUCAAGGCUUUGCAAGGUUCUACAGGCGCGGCAGGGCCCCGGCUGUUCACCAUCCACCUGAUAGACGCAAACACAGACAACCUUCCGAAGGCCCAUACCUGCUUUAACCGGAUCGACAUUCCACCAUAUGAGUCCUAUGAGAAGCUCUACGAGAAGCUGCUGACAGCCGUGGAGGAGACCUGCGGGUUUGCUGUGGAGUGAAGAACAACCAAAGGCAACAGAGUCUAGCUCAUGGCCACCAGACCAAAAGCAUCCAGCUUCUGUGCGCCUCCUGCAAAGCUGGCAGAGGCCCUGGAAUUCCAGAUCAUCUGAGGGGAAAGGGUUGUCUCUCUCCUUUCUGUUGCGGGAGGGGGAUGGGGGACUUUUGUUGGUGGCUCCCACCCAUACAUCCCUCCUUAUUAUAGUACUCCCACCCACUUCCAUCACCCAUCCAAUAAAAUGCAGCCAGGGCCUUUGGCUUCGGUCACACAGGAUAUUCUGCUAUGGUUGCAACCCACGUGGUGAUAAGGCUCACGGCCCUGAGCUCUUUAUAGGAGCAUCAGCUCACAGUUAGGGGACUGAGCGUGGUUGACUGAGGGUUUGGAACUGGUGGCUGUCCCAGCUAUUCCAUCUCUAAACAAACAGCCUGGAGGCCCCUUUUCAAUUUGAGCAGCUGCUAGAUAUCUUACCAGAGCUCAGAUUACAAAUUUCACAUUCCAGCAGCCUGUUAUGGGUAGCAGAAAUUCCCAACUGAAAAGUAACUAUAUAAUGUAUGCUUAUUGGAAUUCUGCCACAGCAGGAAGGUUGAGUCAAAACGUGUUUCCCCUUUGAAAGGAGAAGGAAUUGGAGCAGCUUUUCCUGGAGGCCCAAGGUAUUUCUUUUCUGGGUAUCUUGGCUGAAAAUUUUGUUUUACAAAACGAGAAAAAUGAUCUUUCAAGGGUUCCUUUUGCUGCAUUAUCUGUCCAGUUUGACCUUUUUUCAGUGAAAACACAAAGUCACAGAGUGUAUAAAAGAACAGACCAAAACCAGCCCUAGAACCAACCAGUCAGUCCCAAAGCUGUGAGCUCUGCGCCACUGUUGUCCAUAGAGGCAUCGCCUGUGUCACUGAAAAUACUAGUGAACCACGAUGCAGCAACUGCUAAGAGCUAAACUAACAAAAUGGCGUUACCAUGGCUGCUGGCUUGGUGUGAACUCGCUUAAAAGCAAUGGGGAAAGGAUAACCUCGAGGCAAAUCCACCCAAAGAUACUGUCUACAAAAAGCAGGGUGUGGACGCAAACCUGUGACCACGGGGGUCAGGGGUCGACUACACACUGCCUCAUGUGGCCCCUUUCCCAGUGGCAGCCGGUGACGACUGCUACUCGGUUCGCUUGCCCAGAUGUCUUCGUACGACGAGCAAGGCCAAAAGCAAGCCUAGACUCGAAGUUUCUGACACCAUCUACAGUUUGCAUAAAAGUCAAACAGUGUUUUAAAGUGGCUUGAUGUCCAGUAGCUGAACUUUGGCAAAAAAACAGCAGCAACCAAUGUUCCUGUAUGGUUUCUUUGUUGUUGUUUUUGUUUGGGGGUGGGGGAAAGUACAGGGUAAUUCAUUAGCAAGACAUUACACUGCUGUCGAAGUCUCUGGGAUCCCGCUGUGGGUCUGAGAUGGCCUGGGAAGAACCUUGCGGAUGACUGUUUUUUAUCUGUUCUUUUUGUCACUGUUACCUUCUGGGCUGCUGAGGUUCUAGAAUGGAAGGGCUGCCAAAUGAGGUUUGCUGAAGGAGGAAAGUUUAAUCCCUUAUGCCAAAAGUCCAGGCCAAAUGGUGGGCUUAGCCUCUUUCAAAAGUUCUGCCUUGCCCCAGGUGGGCGUAUCCUGUGUCUCAUUCACCAUGAUGCUUCCUGAGGGCGUUCUAGAAGCCCAUUCCCCAGUGGCUCUAUCCAGCCUUUCCUUGCAUCUUCCUCUUGAAGGCGAGGAAGUGAAAACUACAGACCUCCCCCAGAGAGCCCACUCUCUAUCUUGAGCCUAACCCGCGGGAGGCGGGAGAGACAUCCAUCCAAGAACUGAAGCAGCCUCCAGGAUGAGGUCGGAAGUACCACCUGAUUUUCCUGGUGGUGGUAUCCAAAAUCUGCCGUAAUUAGGAAGGAAACCAGGGUCUUGUGGUUUAAAAGACUUUGAAGCAGGAAUGUUGCAUUUGACGCCUUUAAAACUACCUUUUUGCUGUUGGGAGGAGUCAGAGGCGAGCCUUAGCAGCUGUACCCGCCAGCCUCAGGUGGUCGGUGCUGCCCUGCCUCUCGUGCCGCGUGUCGCUUCAGCCCAGAGCCAGAGGGCUGUGUCCUCCACGGGUGGCCCUGGCGGACACAUUCGUUCCCGUCCCAGCCCAGCCUGUCUCUGCUUUUCCACUUCCACCUGCGUGUGGGUUUGCCGCCUUGUCAUCGGUCGUGUGAGUGCUGCAGACCUUUCCAGAGCUCCAGUUCACUCUUUCCAAACAGGCCUCCCUGUCAGUGGUACUGCGCUCCUAGAACCUUCAGUUUCUAUGAUGGUUGGUUUAGUCCUUUUGAACCACCCCCAAGAACUCAAUAUGCAAAAGGUAAAAGCUCCCGACUGUUCUACUUUGGGUCCGCGCAAAGCCCGUUCAUGUGUGAUCUCUGCGUGGCCCUUCUUGGUGGUCCCAGGCGAUCCAGCCAUGCCCCCCGCCCCUCUGCCCAGAUGCUUCAGGGGCCCAACCUUUCAGGCUUGCCCUCACCAGCGGCCAUCAGCCGACACUCAGGGAUGCAGCAAACACCACUCCACCAGUGCUUUCAGCAGGAAGAGCCGAGGCUGCCUGGGAGGCCCUGGGCGAUAGGAAAAGGGCUCUCUCAAAUUCUGAAAAGAGAAUCUGCCACCAGAUCGAAUUCCGACCCCUAAUUUGUUCGGCCAUAUGGUUCGAAUUCAGAUUAGGUGGGUCACCCAAUCUGAGAUGUCAGGAAAGGCCUUCUGCAGAGAAAAUGUCUCCCCCACCCCCCAUCUGCAGCCAGGUGUGUGCCACACGGCAGCCUUCCCGAAACAUAGUAUGGAUUUAAAAAAUUUGUUUAUUUUUGUUUCUCAACCACUUUAUAAUGUAUUUUUAAUUUAUUUUGUAACGUCUUGUUUUUAAGUAUUGCUGCUAUCCUUCCCACUGUUUUUAUCGCUGAUUUAUUUUGUGAAAGUUGUACACUAAUGUUCUGUUUUAUGUCAAAAUCAAAAGUAUUUAAUGAUAUACUAGUUCUAUUUAAUGUGGUUAUGGAACCAGCUGGAAACACAAAACAGUGAUUGUACAGCAGGCUGGACCCAGGAGGUCAGGUUCAUUUUGUUACAUAUGCAAUAAACUCACGACUUUA